AUGCAAAGAAGGGUUAAGGAGGAAUCGUGGAUAUCUUUAACGAACAAAUUUAAUUCCAAAAGUAGUCAAAUACCACGUCAGAUCGGUCAGCUUAAAUUGAAAUGGGACAAUUUAAAGAAAGCAGCUCGUAAGAGAGCUGCCGCUGUAAGGAUGAACAAUUUAAAGACAGGUGGUGGCAAACCGGAUUAUAUCCCACCUGAUGAAAUUUUAGAGAAGGUUCGAUCGUCUCGAUCGUUUUGGAAUCCACAUGUAGUGGGUUUGAAGUUCCAUUCGGUAGUGAUGAAGUGGGUGCCACGGAAAAUGUCAUCUUUGAAUUGGACAAUGCUGAUGAUUGGACGCAAGUUCAAAAGCAACUUGACACAAAUGAUGCAUCAGUUAACAUCCAGGAUGAAUCACUUUUGCCAAUAA